CCCCCCAUCACAGCAUCGGCCACUCUCCCUCUAGCCGAGCCGCCUAGCCCCCCUUCCUUCCCCCCCUCUUGGUUCAGCAUUGUCGACAAUGCCAUUAAUUCAGUGCUAGGCAGCCUCCAUCUCAACCACCGCUCCAGACCAAAUGUCUAUAUCCCCUAAUCGAACACAAUCGUCGGCAGACGACACACCACGCCGUCGCAGAGACUCGGCAGGCAGUGACCCCGUCGAUGACAACGCCAAGGCACCGGUGGAGCCUCAGGCUCUCCCUCAUCCAUCAGCCUGGUCCGCCAACAUGUCUCGAAACGUAAAGCCGCCACCACUGUGGAGGCAGAUGAGCGACCGGGGGUUCGUGGAAGAUGAAGAUGAUCCAGAAGAGGGACCAAGUGACUACUGGCGGCGUCACUCUCCGACACUGGCACCAGACGAUCAUGGUCACCCGCUGGAGAGUCCGACGUGGCUUCGUUCCGGCGCGACUGCUCUCGAAACCAUCGAGGCGGACGGCGACGACACCGAUGCCGCAGAGUACUCGAAGAGGAUAGAACAGGUCCUGUCUCUUGCCAAUGACAGCCCAGUUGCCACACCAACAAAACUUCAUUCAUCCCACGGUGACACGGACGACGAGGGCUGGGGCGAUUACCACCCUCCGCAGGGGCUAGGCUAUGACGAGGCGGUCCGGGCAGUCUUGCAAGAUGGUGACAAGGGAGAGGAAGAGUUUGGUGCAUUCCACGCUUCUCCACCUCUACCCUCGGGAAGCGCUCCAUCGACACCGACUGGGUCUGUAUUCGGUCUGGACAGAAGCCUGGUGCGAGGGAGCCCGAGUGGACCGUCACGAUCAUACCUCCACCCUUCAGUGUCAAGGCUGCGUUCACAGCCGACAACUCUUCGCUUCCCUUCAUCCUCCUCUUACCUGUCAGUGGCCUCUGCUGAGCAACAAAUCAAUCGGAUCCCAAGCCAGUUUUCGCUGUCCCGCUCGGAAUCCUUCUCAAACGCCUCGGCCUCUGGGCCAUCUCGUCCUCUUGUCCCUGCACCGGUCCCCCACCCCGAUAUUGCAGAUGGCAUGAAGAACCAAGGACCGGCCUUCACCUUCCAUCCGCUUCGGCAUCUCUCGGCUCAUCUAUUCAAUCGCACAAAGAAUGGGUCCAAGUCUUCAUCUGCCCCAGCCCCACCAUCUACGGCUUCAGAAGAUGGCCCAAGCACAGAGGGUGCAUCCGAAGCUGGCUACGGGGUACCGACGGUGAUGGACAUCAAUGGCAUGGUCGCUGUUGGCACAGAUGGGGGUUGGGUUGUCGUUUAUGGCUUUGGACAAGAAGUCCGUUGCGUGGUCGGAAACGAGGCAAUAGCUGCAUCCUCUGGCCCCGUCACCGCUGUGACAAUCUGCCCGGAUCAGACGUUUAUUGGCGUUGGCCAUGCCAGUGGUAACAUCUACUUGUACGACCUGGCCAACCCCUCCAAACCUGCUCGGACAGCUUUGGCCCUUAAUCUCCGCUCAGUCCUUUCGGGACGAAAGGAAGGCCAUCUUCAAGGCAGCCGAAUCCUCCACAUUGGCUUUGUCGGCAAGCGUCACACGUCCAUUGUUACGGGCGACGAAGACGGUCGGGCUUUCUGGUUCAGUCUCGGCCGUGUCAUGGGAGUCGACAGCACCGAUGUUGUGCGCAUGCUUGGGUCAUACCCGGAACGAGAGCGACCCGAUUCAACCAGCGCUGCGACCAACGCCGUGGCAGAGUCGCCGCGCGCUGAUGCUCGCACUUCAGCACCGAGUUCACUUCGGUCACAGCCAGCAAAGCGGCCGACUACGUUGUUCGCCACGCUCCCACUACCUCUAGGCACCGCUGCGCACGCGACCGACGAGUUCCACUUCUCAGCCCUGCUCACCCCGGUCAAGCUUGUCGUUGUCGGCAUGAAGCCUUCUGCCAAGACUUGGUUUAGGAAGAUGCGCGACUCGGCUGGUGGGCCAUACGGCGGAUAUGUCGCCAGUGCAGCAUGGCUCAAGUCGGGCGAGGUUGCCUCAAGCGACCCCAACGCCAACCCAUCGGAUCCCGUGCUAGCUUACUCCUGGGGCACAUCUCUGCGUUUCUUAAGGGUGCGCAUUGCAACAACGACCGCAAACAAGAAGGCAGAGCCUGUCAAGACUCCCGAGUUUGUCGAGGGGCGACGAUGGGAGGCUCCUAAUCCCAUUCAGUCGUUACACUGGUUUGAUUCAGACCAUGUCCUCCUCCUCACGGCGUCCGAGAUCAUUCUUCUCAACGUUCGCUCAUUGUCUCCCGUUGAGAUCACACCCCUGCAGACAAAGCUCCUUACAUCGCAAGACUUCUACUCUGGCUUGAGCGUGCGCAAAGGGACCAUUGGCGCUGUGCCAAACUCUUUUGCCAGCAGCGUGCGAACCCAUCGGAGCAAGCUCUUCUUGCUCACCAAAGCCAAUGUCCAAGUUGGAACCUUGCAGCACUGGAAUGACCGCGUCCUCACCAAUGUCCACCGCGGUGAUUUCCUGGCUGCCAUCAAUCUGGCACUUGCAUACUACGAGGGCAGAGCACCGGGCAACACGAUCAACCUGUCCGAUGACCCGGAAGAGCGCCGCCAAGUGGUCGGCACUCGCGUCCGAGAGCUCAUGCGGGCGUCAUUGGAAUGGGCGUUCUCAGAGGAGCGCAUGCAUGACGACACCCACUUUAGUGCCGAUGGCCGAGGUGUGGAUCUCACCGCGCUCUUUGAAGGCCUUGCAACCGCCUGCAUCGAUGCUUGCCUGGCAAUGGAUGACACAGCCUUCCUGUUCGACGAGACAUACGAGCACUUUGCAAACGCGGGCAUCCAGGGUAUUUUCCUCACACGCCUGGAGGGGUACAUCUUUGAGGGUCGCAUCUCCGACGUCCCGCCAUCGGCAGUCCAGGCGCUCAUCAGGCUACACGACGACCGCGGCGAGUAUGCACUGGCCGAGGCCGUCAUCUGGCACAUUGAGCCCAGCUCAUUGGACAUCAACCAAGCCGUCAACCUGUGCACAAAGCAUAGACUAUGGGAUGCCCUCAUCUAUGUGUACACCUGUGCAAUGGGAGACUACAUUGCGCCGAUUGUCAAGCUCAUCACCAUCGUCUGUGAUAUCCAACGCCACCGGGCGGAAAGGCCGAGCCUCGUUGGCGGAGAGGGCAGUGGCGGAGAGGACGAAGAACGACUUGCGCCCGACGCAUACAAGCUGUACGCAUACAUCGCCAACGUUCUCUCUGGCCUCUGGUACCCGUCCGAUGAGGUUAUGCGCGACCCGGAAGCGACUCGGGCGCGGAACGAUGCCUAUGGGAUGCUCUUUUCCGACUGCAACGUCUACUGGCCAGAGGGCUCUCACGAACUGGUUCUUACCGAGCAAGACGAUGGUAUCUACGGCGAGCCGCCAUACCCAUACCUCAGGCUUCUGCUUCGCUUUGACACCGAAGCAUUCCUCCACGCAAUGGACAUUGCGUUUGAAGACCCGUACCUCAACGACCCGUCACGCGCAAUCAACCGGCAGAGCAUCAUCAACCUCAUGCUCGACGUUAUGGACAGCGGUUUCCACUCCUGCGACGUCACCUUCCUGCACAUCUUUGUUGCACGCAACCUCCCCAAGUACCCUCAAUUCAUCUUCAUUCCGCCGUCAACAUCACAUCGCAUCCUCGUCAGCCUGGCCGCGGAUCCCGACCAGUCCACUCGCGAGGACAGGCAACUGGCAGCCGAGUACAUGCUCUCUGCAUACACCCCUCACGACUCGGAGGAAAUGCUCGUCAGAUUUGAGGAAGCAGGCUUCUUCCGCAUCCUCCGCUCGGCGUACCGACGAGACCGCAAAUGGGGUGCCCUCAUUCAGUCUCUCCUGAAGGACCCCGAGACCGACUCCACUGUCUUCAGCAGCCUCGACGACAUUGUGGCGGCCGCCAAAGCGAGCACCCGCAUUGUGCCGUUCGAUGUCACUCGAACUGUUUCUGAGGCGCUGCCCCAGCUGUUCAGCCACAGCAUUCGCGAAACUGCUAGGUUCAUUAAUCGUUCGGUCCCCGCGCUCCACGAGACCGCCAUCGCUGCUCUCAACGGGUCUGAGCACAAGCAGCUCGUGUACCUGCGCUGCCUCCUGGAUCCCACGGCCGAUGAAGGAGAAGUGGACGGGGUCGAGCCACCGAGCAAAGGAGCUUCCCAGGCCCAUCUCGAUGUCGGCGCACGGCACCAGUAUCUCAAGCUGUUGACUGCUCACGAGCCGGCUGCCGUUGUGCCGUUCCUCGAUCUGCGUGGACCCAAGUUCUUCGACCUGCCGCGGCUCGCAGAGGAGUUUGAGAGUGCUGGCCAACCCGAAGGCCAGCUGUGGGCGCUUGACAGGCAGGGUAAAACCUCGGAGGCCUUUGAGACUGUCACGUCGGUUUUGGCUGUGACGGGUUCCGACCUCGCGGAGGGCCUUGUCAAAUCGGCAGAAGGCGACGUUGACGUUGCCCUCAAGACGUUAUCUGGUGUGGCUCACAUGGCCGUGCGCCUAUGCCGCGAGCACUCUACAGAAGGAGCCCAUGUCGAGGACAUGUGGUUUGGCGUGCUGCACGCCAUCACCGACCUUGUUCACCAGAUGUCAGCUCUUAGCAAGCCUGACCCGACCUCAGGUACUCUGGCCCCUCUCAACACCACGGCUCUUGAGAAUCUGCGGGGACUCGUGCAAGACACUCUCCAGGCCCUACUCUCGACGUCGUCUUCUACGACGCCGUCCUUUGCCAGUCUCUUCAAGCGUCUCGUCGAAGCUGCUCCUUCCGACUCGAAGCGCAAGAACAAGAAGGGCAAGAACAAGAAGAGUGACGGCACUCCUGGGGCGCGAGCCUACUCCGAGUUCCGAACCAUCCUGUCCGGAAUGCUCGACUCGUUCAAGGGCGACGCCGAUGUUCUGGCACUCAGCACUCGUCUUGUCGAUGCCGACGUCUAUGACCUCUUGGAGGAGAAGGUCGCCAAGACCCAGGCGGGCUGGCGUUCCACGCAAACAGUGUGUUCAGUCUGCAACAAGGAGCUGUGGACAUCGAAGGCGGAUGGUACCCGGGCAGCAGACGACGACAAGGUUGCCAUUCGGGCCGACGGCCGAGCCGUCCACUUGCGAUGCGAGAGCCCGGCACCGGUUGUAGAGGAGCCAUGACUGUCAUAAUCUAGUAUGUACAUAGACCCCGGAAUAUUCUAUGAGUACGGGGAGGUCAAGA